UCAGUUUCAGUGGGUCACUCGAAAUACGUAGUUGUCGCUGUCGCUCUCAGUGUCGGUGUCGCCAGUUGCUCCGUUUUGUGCGUGCGUGUGUGUUUGUUUUUGGCGCGAGCGUUUUUUGGCAGCAACAAACGGUUUACGUAGCAUGUCGCAAGCGUCGUAUUAAACACUAAGCAAAGCGGUUAAAUAACAAAAAUCGAAAACUAACAAAAAAAAUACCAUAACGGAUAUCGUUUUUACCUAAAUAUUGCAAAUAUUGAUUAGCGUUAAUUUUUCAAACCGUUCAAUGCACGCGCACAAUAAGUGUUAAUCACAAAUUUAUUGGCAACAAGUGUGACGACAAUAGUAACAACAGCAGCAACAACAACAACAACACCAUCAACAACACCGACAGCACAGUAGGCGCUAUCAAGAGCUGAAGAAACCCAAACAUUAUCUGAAAUCAGCACGUAAAUGUGCCUGGAAACAAUUAAAAGACUUGAAUCGACGUCAGCAAUUGCGACGAUUACAGGACGAGGAUCCGGAAACUUAUAACGAAGCUGGUACUUUGUUAAUACCCCUCUGGAUAGAGACUCAAUCCAGAGAAGAAGAUACUGAAGCGGAUCGUAUAGCUCGACUGCGGAGCGUGCAAUAUCUGAGAGAUCUACGAACCCAUCGCUAUACUGACACCCAUGUGGAACCUAGCAGCUGUACAGAAUUUGUAGAAGUAGUCGAAGCAACAGAGGAGCACACAAUGCCCAACGAUAAGGAGAAUCCAGAAACCAAACCGCUCAACAACAAUAACAAUGGCAACGGUAAAAGCGCCCAAAGUAAACCAAAAAUACAACCAAAGUACAGCAUCCAUAGGGAUGUGCUCACACACGAGCUGGUCAUCAAGGACACAGGCUAUGCGGCCAGAGAUAAGAGUAUUCCCUCCUCAUUGCGAAAUUGCUGGCGAGGUUGGAAUUUCCUCUCCCUCUUUACCGGCGUUAUACCCAUCCUACAGUGGCUGCCACAGUAUUCGCUGCGGCGGGACCUUAUCGGUGAUAUUAUAGCCGGUUUCACGGUGGCCAUCAUGAAUAUACCCCACGGCAUGGCCUAUGGCAUGUUGGCUGGUGUCUCCGCCGGAAAUGGCCUCUACAUGGCUGUGUUUCCGGUGCUUGUCUACAUGCUGCUCGGCACCUCGAAGCAUAUUUCAAUCGGCACCUUUGCCGUGGCCAGCAUGAUGACCCAAAAGGUGGUGCUAACCUAUGCCAAUUUUGAUCCCAAUGCAGCUAUAGUUACAGCAACAACCACAACAGCGUCUCCACUCACAUCGCUUGCCACAUCAACAGCUGAGUCUCUGUCACUGCUCUCCACAACAACAGCAACUACAACAACAACAACAACAACAGCAGCAGCUGCUCUGCUGCUACAAAAUGCAACAACAACCAUGCUGCCAGAAAAUAUUAUCACAAAUCUGGAGGUGGUCACUUCACUAGCCUUGGCUGUGGGUAUUGUGAAUCUGCUUAUGUCCUUCUUCAGGCUGGGAACACUUGCAUCCCUGUUGAGUGAGCCUCUGGUGAAUGGAUUUACCACAGCGGCCGCAUGUCAUGUGGUCACCGCACAGCUGAAGGAUGUGCUCGGCAUAGCGGUGCCACGUCAUAAGGGCGCCUUCAAGAUCCUGUACACUGUGAUAGAUGUGGUUAAGGGUGUGCCUGAUACGAACCUCGUUAAUUUUGGUUUCUGCAUGGGCGUCAUCAUCUUUAUGACCAUUUGCAAUGAGUGCCUGAAGCCGUUCCUGAGUAAACGCUGUCGUUUCCCGCUGCCCGGCGAACUCAUCGCUGUCAUUGGAGGCACGCUGAUCUCGAAAUUCUGUCACCUUAAAGCGGAUUUCAAUUUGCAGCCGGUGGGCGUUAUUCCAAAAGGUCUUCCGGAUUUUCAAUUACCGCGUCUCGAUCUGGUGCCUUUGGUUGCCGUCGAUUCCAUAGCCAUUGCUAUAGUAACCUAUUCGAUCAUAAUGUCCAUGGGCUUGACAUUUGCCAAGAAACAUGGCUAUGAAGUGCGUGCGAAUCAAGAAUUAUUUGCCAUGGGCGUGGGCAACAUUGUGGGCGGUUGCUUCUCCUGCCUGCCCAUGGCCUGCUCCCUAUCACGCUCAGUUAUUCAGGAUCAAACGGGAGGAGUCUCUCAAAUUGCAUCCCUUGUGUCAGCCUCAUUGGUGGUGGCAACCAUAAUGUGGAUUGGACCGUUCUUCAGUGAUUUGCCCAGGUGUGUUCUGGCUGGCGUCAUUAUUGUGGCCCUGAAGCCCAUGUUUAUGCAGGUCAAAGAGCUGAAGAAGUUCUCCAAGCAGGGCAAACUGGAAAUGUUCACCUGGAUAUUCACAUUUCUAUGUGUGGUGCUCAUUGAUAUUGAUAUUGGUCUGCUUAUUGGCGUUUGCGUCUCGUUGUUGGCGCUGUACAUAAAGGGUCUGAAACCAUACUCCUGUCUUUUGGGCUACAUGCCAGAAGCGCCUGGCAUCUAUAUGGACAUGAAUCAGCAUCGCAAUGUGAUGCAAGUGCCGGAGACGCGCAUCUUUCGGUAUUGCGGCUCACUCAACUUUGCCACAAGCCUCUUUUUCCGCCGCGCGCUCAACGAGACUGUGGGUCUGGACAAGAAUAGCAAAAGCAGUAGAAGUCCUAAAGCGAAACCCACCUAUGCACAGGUGUCACAAAAUGGUGGCAAUGCCAUCAAAGGACAAUUCAUGGAAUCGGCGGAUUCAUUUCAGUUUCUUAUACUAGACUUUACGAUGCUCGGUCACAUCGAUGUCGCCGGCUGCAGUACAUUAAGUGAUAUCAGCAAGGAGCUGAAGGCGCGCGGUGCUCGUAUGCUGCUGGCCAGCCCCGUGGAUCGCGUGUAUGACACUCUGGUGCACAGUAUGGCCCUCAGCGAGGGUCCCUUCGAGAUCUUUCCGACCCUCCAUGAUGCCGUGGAGUAUGCGAAUGCCUUUCGUACUGCGUGAGGUGAUUCGUACAUGUGAUAGCAACUUGUGGAGCGUAACAACAACAAUAAUAACAAUAACAACUUCUAAUGUUAACCACAUUAAGCUUUAAGUUGACUUUUAAAGUUUGUUGCCGUCUUUCAAAUCGCUGAGAUUUAGGCUAAGUUCAUUUAAGUGCCCUUUCGGGAUAGAUCAUCAGAUUGUUACCUAUUACCAAAAUGUCAGAUACAAUAAUAUUUUGUACUUAAAACAACAAUUUGCCCCCAGUCCUCCCCUUUACCCACCAUUGACAAAAGAGGCGGUGUGGAGGCGUGGCGUUUAGUACCUAAAACUAUGUAUGCACCGCCGAGCAACUAAAAAAUUGAAGAAAUGUAUUUUGUGCAAUGUGUACCUAAAAAUGAUCAAUUCACAUUUAGCUCCUAAGCUUAUGUAAAGCCAAUUGUGAACUGUACAUAAACAUUAAACUAAAAAUUUUAUUUACAAGCA